CUAGAAACAUAAAGUCAGAAAAAAAACCCCGAACGCUAUAAAGGCUUUGUGUUAAAGUCCUUUGUGAAAGAGGACCGCUCGGUCAACGAUGGCGGCGCCUGGCGGAACGUUAAAUUGUGAGGAUUUUUCCAUGUUUCAGGAGGUCCUGAGGCUCAUGCGCAAGAUUGACGAUCGCAUCGUCCACGCCCUAAACACCACCGUGCCCACUGUCUCCUUCUCGGCCAAAAUUGACGCUACACAAACUUGCAAGGAUCUGUAUGAUUCGAUGAUAGAGGCCCAUCUCAGCCGGGACAAAGCCAUCAAGGCAUGCAUAACGCACACGUCUGAGGUUGUAGGGCAACUGCGUGAGGCAAGACUGAAGAACAAUGCCGACAUAGCUCUCAUCAAACGGCUCAGGAAGGAGCAGACCAAACUAAAGCUCAUGCAGUCCGAGCUGAAUGUCGAGGAAGUCGUCAAAGAUAGAAGUCUGAAGAACUACACGAUCUACUCACUACCCUCUGUACCUCCACUUCCUCUAAUCUAAUCUAAGGUUUUUAACGAAAGGUGCCGAGUACACUACACGCCUCCCAAGGUGAAAUGAUGGUUUGUUCCAUCCAAAUGACUGAGACCGAUCCAGAAACUGUGACCAUGCCACUGGCAUCUUGGCUUCAGAAUGCCUGCUCACAUCUACCAUGCUUCGUUCUGUGUGUGUUGAGUUGAUGACAAAUAUUGUAUUUUUUUUUUCAAAACAUUAAACUGAAAUGUUUAUAAACAGACAA